AUGUUGAAAUUGCUUGCUAUUCUUCUUACUAUUCUUCUUAUUAGUAAUGCUGUUAUUGUAACGGCUGAUACUGUGAAAGGGAAAUGGUUUGACCGUAUCGUUUUAAUUGUCUUUGAAAAUACAAACUAUACGGAUGCCAUCGCCGAUCCAUAUUUCAAGGAAAUAACAACGCGGUCAAACGGCGUCCUCCUAUCACAGUACUAUGCUGUAGAACAUCCUUCGGAGCCAAAUUAUAUUGCCCACAUUGCUGGUUCCACUUAUGGGAUACUGGACGACAAUAAUUAUAACAUUGCCGCCGAAACGUUA